AUGGAGUACUUUUUGAAGAAGAACUUCGAGGUGGCGGCCAAGAACCCGUCGGAGGAGGCGCAGCGGCGGUGGCGGAGGGCCGUGGGGGCGGUGGUCAAGAACCGCCGCCGCAGGUUCCGCAUGGUCCCCGAUCUCGACAAGCGGUCCGAGGUCGAGACCAAGAAAAGGAAGAUCCAGGAAAAAAUUCGUGUUGCUCUUUAUGUGCAAAAGGCUGCUCUACAAUUUAUUGAUGCUGGUGCAAAAACUGAACAUCAACUUUCAGACGAGGUGAGAAAGGCUGGUUAUUUUAUAAACCCUGACGAAUUGGCAUCCAUUGCACGAGGACAUGAUAAAAAGAGAUUGAGGAACCAUGGAGGAGUUAAUGGGGUUGCAAGAGAAGUCUCUGUUUCACUUGAUUAUGGCAUUAAAACAAGUGACUUAUCUAUCAGACAGGACAUCUAUGGCAUCAACCAAUAUGUUGAGAAGCCUCCAAGAAGUUUCUGGAUGUUUGUGUGGGAUGCACUACAUGAUUUGACAUUAAUCAUUCUUAUGAUAUGUGCAUUGAUAUCUAUAGUAGUCGGCAUUGCUACUGAAGGAUGGCCAAAAGGUAUGUAUGAUGGGCUGGGAAUUAUUCUUAGCAUUUUCUUGGUAGUCGUAGUCACUUCAAUCAGUGAUUACAAGCAGUCAUUACAAUUCAGAGAUUUGGAGAAAGAAAAGAAGAAAAUCUUCAUUCAAAUAACCAGAGAUGGCUACAGACAGAAGGUAUCUAUUUAUGAUAUAGUGGUUGGAGAUGUUGUUCAUCUUUCAAUUGGAGAUCGAGUUCCAGCAGAUGGGCUAUAUGUUUCUGGAUAUGCUUUGUUGAUAGAUGAAUCAAGCUUGUCCGGAGAAUCUGAGCCAGUAUAUGUUUCUCAUGAAAAGCCUUUUCUGCUAGCAGGGACUAAAGUGCAAGAUGGAUCCGCCAGAAUGCUGGUUACUUCUGUUGGAAUGAAGACCGAGUGGGGGAAGUUAAUGGAGACAUUGAGUCAAGGUGGGGACGACGAAACACCUCUGCAGGUUAAGCUCAAUGGUGUUGCGACAAUAAUUGGGAAGAUUGGUUUAGCAUUUGCAACACUGACAUUUUUCGUCCUUUUAGGAAGGUUUAUAGCUGAGAAGUUAUUAUCCCACACUGGCUUCAAAUGGUUUCCAAAUGAUGCUUUGACAAUAGUAAACUAUUUUGCAGUUUUUGUUACUAUAAUUGUUGUUGCAGUUCCUGAAGGGCUACCUUUGGCUGUAACAUUGAGUCUUGCCUUUGCGAUGAAAAAACUUAUGGAUGAGAAGGCACUUGUGCGGCAUUUAUCAGCAUGUGAGACAAUGGGAUCUGCUAACUGUAUUUGCACUGAUAAAACUGGCACGUUAACAACUAACCACAUGAUUGUUGAUAAGAUAUGGAUCUGUGAAGUAUCCAAAUCAUUUAGGGGCAGUGAGACUGCUGCUUAUCUGAAGUCUGUGAUUUCUGAAAAUGUUCUAGUAGUCCUUUUGCAAUGUAUAUUUCUGAAUAGUGGUUCAGAGGUGGUAAGAGGAAAAGAUGGUAAAAACACAAUCCUGGGUACCCCAACAGAAACAGCAUUGUUAGAGUUUGGUUUGGAGUUAGAAGGACAUGUAGAUUCUCAGCAUCAGGACUGCAAAAAAUUGAAAGUUGAGCCUUUUAAUUCAGUUAAAAAGAAAAUGUCUGUCCUCAUUCCACUACCUGGUGGAGGGACACGUGCUUUCUGCAAAGGUGCCUCUGAACUUAUCCUGCAAACGUGUGACCAGAUCAUUGAUCGUGAUGGAAACACAAUUUUUUUAUCCAAAAAGAAAAAGGAGGAUAUGAUGAAUGUGAUUAAUAGUUUUGCCUGUGAAGCAUUAAGAACACUUUGUUUGGCUUUUAAGGAUAUAAGUGAAGAUGCAGAUCUGGAAGAAAUUCCUGCUUCUGGUUACACACUAAUUGCUGUCUUUGGCAUCAAAGAUCCAGUGCGCCCAGGAGUCAAGGAAGCUGUCCAGACUUGUAAAGCUGCUGGUAUCAAAGUGCGUAUGGUUACUGGAGAUAACAUAAAUACAGCUAAAGCCAUAGCAAAAGAGUGUGGCAUACUGACGGAGGAUGGUUUGGCCAUAGAAGGAUCAGAAUUUCGAAGCAGGAGUCCUGAAGAGAUGAAUGAUCUAAUACCAAAAAUUCAGGUAAUGGCCCGAUCUUUGCCUUUAGACAAACAUACUUUAGUGACAAACUUGAGGAAGAUGUUUAAUGAAGUUGUAGCAGUGACGGGUGAUGGAACUAAUGAUGCUCCAGCACUACAUGAGGCAGACAUUGGUCUUGUAAUGGGUAUUGCUGGCACAGAGGUAGCUAAAGAGAGUGCUGAUGUGAUUGUGUUGGAUGACAAUUUUACAUCUAUAAUUAAUGUAGCAAAAUGGGGUCGUGCAGUGUAUAUCAACAUCCAAAAGUUUGUACAGUUUCAGCUAACAGUUAACGUGGUUGCUCUGAUGCUUAACUUUGUUUCUGCAUGCAUCACAGGUAAUGCCCCUCUCACGGCUGUCCAGUUGCUUUGGGUCAACAUGAUUAUGGACACGCUAGGUGCUCUGGCAUUAGCAACAGAGCCCCCAAACGACAAUAUGAUGGAAAGACCACCUGUUGGGCGGAAUGAAAGCUUCAUUACCAAAAUCAUGUGGAGAAAUAUAAUUGGCCAGAGUAUAUAUCAGCUGAUUGUUCUAGGAGUUCUGAUGUUUGUUGGGAAAAAACUUCUGAGAAUCGAAGGUCCAGAUUCUGACACCAUUCUCAACACGUUUAUAUUCAACACAUUCGUCUUCUGCCAGGUCUUCAAUGAAAUAAACAGCCUUGAAAUGGAGAGGAUCAAUGUGCUCCGUGGGAUACUCAGCAACUGGAUCUUUGUGACCAUCUUGGCAUCCACGGUGGCAUUCCAAGUGAUCAUAGUGGAGUUCCUCGGAACCUUUGCAAGCACAGUGCCAUUAGGCUGGCAAUUAUGGUUGCUCAGCCUACUGAUUGGUUCCAUCAGCUUGAUUGUUGCGGUAAUCUUAAAGUGCAUUCCUGUCGAAUCAAACCGCGUUCAUGGCCAGAACGGCUAUGAGGCACUUCCUGGCGGUCCAGAAGCAGUAUAAGCAAGAAGGUAUAUAUA